UGAAUUAUGAAUUUCUAAUGAGUUAAUAAAAUAAACGAUAGUACAAAUCGCGAAGAUUCUGGCUGCAAUAGAUAUUUCUUUUCAUAUUUAGCUCAUCUUACAGUUUGAUCAAGAAUGAGCAGUUCAGAAGAGGUUUCGUGGAUUUCUUGGUUCUGUGGUUUACGCGGAAACGAAUUCUUUUGCGAGGUGGAUGAAGAUUAUAUUCAGGACAAGUUUAAUUUGACAGGAUUAAAUGAGCAAGUUCCACACUAUCGACAAGCACUGGAUAUGAUUCUUGAUAUGGAACCAGAUGAUGAACUAGAGGACAAUCCAAAUCAAAGUGAUUUAAUCGAACAAGCUGCGGAAAUGUUGUAUGGCUUAAUUCAUGCUCGAUAUGUGUUAACAAACAGAGGGCUAGCACAGAUGCUUGAAAAAUAUCAAAAUGGUGAUUUUGGAUAUUGCUACAGAGUAUAUUGUGAAAAUCAACCUGUUUUGCCCAUUGGUUUAUCAGAUGUCCCUGGCGAAGCUAUGGUAAAACUUUAUUGUCCGAAAUGUAUGGAUGUCUACACACCAAAGUCAUCACGCCAUCACCAUACUGAUGGUGCAUAUUUUGGUACGGGUUUUCCACACAUGUUGUUUAUGGUCCACCCUGAAUAUCGACCAAAACGUCCCAACCAAUUUGUUCCAAGGUUAUUUGGUUUCAAAAUUCACCCAAUGGCAUACCAAAUUCAGCUACAAGCUGCAGCUCAGAGGGGUCGCUCUGCAUCAAGUCGUCCAAGAACAGGAAAAGGACGUUGAUGUAUCAAAAGCAUUUCCAUAUUGUUUUUCCAUUAUGUUUUAUUAAACACAAAUUGAUGGCAUUUCACAACAGAGUUCUUUCAUUUGCAAUCUGAUCUGACAUACAUAUAAUGUUGGUUAGAAUGGCAGUGAAUAAUUUAUUGAUGUUUUGAUUAUCUAUAGUCAAUUAUGGUUUUCUGUUGCAAUUGUGUAAUAUAUGAAAAUAGUUCUGUCUUUUUUAGUGUUUGGUUUUAAGUUUGCUGUCAGAUUAUUGUUCUACUAAAACCAGAUUUUAAUGAGACAUGUAUCAAUAUCAGUUGUCAUAAUCAUUCAAUUAUUGCAUUCUGUAUGAAACGGUAACAUUUCAUUUGUGUUGGAUUCGUUUUAUUAAAAGAAAAUUUUUUCAAAGUCCUAA